AUGACUUUUAACCUGCCAAAUGAAAUUAUCCUUUAUAUCCUCAAAUGGUUAUUAAGACAUUUCGGAUUCAAACAAGUAUGUAAAGUUCGGAGAACAAGUCAACAAUUCAACAAAUUAGCAGAGAUAGUUAUAAAUGAAGAACUUGCAAAAGACGAUCAAAGAGAAUGUGCCAUUGACAUUGUGUAUUUUUUUAAUUUUAAGAUCAAUUUUUCUAAUGGCGGAAGGAAAUCCUUUAACUGUGUUGCUAAAAAGUUGAUCUAUGAUGGCAAGUCUCAAGUUAUUCAUAUUGGAUUCGACAGAAAAUCCUCACUAGAAGUGGUCGGUCACAUCCCUACGUUCAAAAUAUUUGAUCACUUGAACUCUUAUAAUUUUUCAUAUGAGAAUGGUGAAAUCUGGAGGUCAGUGAGUCCUGCAAAAUAUAAUGGCGGACGAACGUUACAUAUGUGGAUUGGAAGUUUUGGCUCUGUUGUGUAUUUGAAUUGCAAGAAUGAUGGUAAAGGAUUGGUUAUCGAUACUGGUAUAGACUUGAAAAUUGAGCAUACAAAUCUACUUAUCAAGGAGGCAUCAGAGUACGGCGGGAAUAUGUCUUUUG